UUAUUUGUUUUAUCUUCAAAAAUUUUUGAUCAGCUGUUAUUUUUAAUUCAAACGAAAGGUUACUACAAAGCUGAAAACUCUAAAACUCAUUUUGACAGUGUCAAAAAUUCAUCAUACUUGUCAGUUCCGAAAAAAACUCGCAAAAAUUAUACUCGUCACACUUACAUUUUUUUGUUUCAAUAAAUAUUUCCUUACAAAGAAUUUUAGAUAAUUCUUUCUUAAACUCGAAUAGCCAUGUCUACAACACACAGACAUCGCUAUAAAAAUGUUGGUCUGGAUUCAAGUGAAAUGCGUCGCCGACGGGAGGAGGAGGGCAUUCAAUUAAGGAAACAAAAACGUGAGCAGCAAUUAAUAAAGCGGCGUAACGUUGUGCUUGAUCCACCAGGAAUAGGUUUCAUGGAUAACGAGGUUAUGCAGGAAUCGGAUAUUGCUAAUUCUCAUGAACAUUCUGAAGAUCUACUUUUGCAUUAUGAGCAUGAAGAACAAAAUCAAAUAAACUUGAAUUCCAUUAUUAAAAAAGAUAUGAUUGAUCAAUUAUACAGCGAUAAAGAAAACGAACAGUUGGAAGCAACGCAAAAGUUUCGCAAACUUUUAUCGCGCGAUCCAAAUCCACCAAUAGAGGAAGUGAUACAGAAAGGCAUUGUGCCACGUUUUGUAUAUUUUCUUAAAAAUACCUCAAAUGUGUCACUACAGUUUGAAGCAGCGUGGACAUUAACCAAUAUUGCAUCUGGAACUUCUCAACAAACAAAAAUUGUUAUAGAUGCUGGUGCAGUGCCAAUUUUUAUAGAGUUGUUGUCGAGUCCCCACCAUGAUGUGCAAGAGCAAGCUGUUUGGGCUCUAGGAAAUAUAGCAGGAGAUUCUCCAACAUGCCGUGAUCACUUGCUUAACUCAGGAAUAUUACAGCCAUUAUUACAUGUGCUUAGCACGACAGAUGGCUUAACAAUGACACGAAAUGCUGUUUGGACACUGUCUAAUUUAUGUAGGGGCAAAAAUCCGCCAGCAGAUUUUACAAAAAUUGUUCAGGGAUUGCCUAUAUUAGCAAGACUACUGAAUCAUAAUGAUCCAGACGUUUUAAGUGAUACAUGUUGGGCAAUUAGUUAUUUGUCCGAUGGACCAAAUGACAAAAUUCAGGCAGUUAUUGACGCUGGUGUUUGUCGGCGUUUAGUUGAGUUACUUAUGCAUCCUCAAAAUAAUGUAGUUACUGCUUGUUUGCGUGCAGUCGGUAAUAUCGUUACUGGAGACGAUGUGCAAACACAGGUUAUACUUAAUUGUAAUGCAUUACCAUGUAUAAGUGUUUUAUUGACAUCUCAAAUGGAAACUAUUAAAAAAGAAGCUUGUUGGACAAUAUCGAAUAUAGCUGCAGGAAAUCGUCAACAGAUUCAGGCAGUUAUUGAUGCAAAUAUAUUUCCUAUAUUAAUGACAAUUAUGCAAACAGCUGAAUUUAAAACAAAAAAAGAAGCAGCAUGGGCUAUUACUAAUGCUACUAGCAGCGGAACAGCAGAACAAAUUCGAUAUUUAGUACACGUUGGUUGCAUACCUCCUAUGUGUGAGUUCCUAACAGUUGUAGACACUGACAUUAUACAAGUAGCUUUAAAUGCUUUGGAAAAUAUUUUAAAGGCAGGCGAAAAGUUUCCAGCUCGGCCUAAUCCAUAUGCUAUGGCUAUUGAAGAAUGUGGAGGUUUGGAUAAAAUCGAGUAUUUACAGUCGCAUGAAAAUCGUGACAUUUACCACAAAUCGUUUUAUAUCAUUGAACAAUACUUUGGAAAUGAGGAAGAGGAUGUUCGCGUAGCACCUUCAGUUGAAAAUAAUCAAUAUACGUUUAGUUCUGAUAUCGAUACUCCUCAAGGUGGUUUUAAUUUCUAGCCUUAUUAACAUAACUUAUUGCUCGAGUUCACUGCUCUGAAUCAACUAAUAUCAAUUUUUUUUAAUAACAGUUUUAACUUGUUUACAAUAGAAUUAUAUCUAUCAUAUAACAGCGGCACACGUUAUACCACUAAAAUAUUAUUUAUUAAAUGCUUCUUAAAGAUUAUUGUUCUUGGUUAUAUGGAUAA